CUGAGCUCCUCCCCGGCGCUGACCGGAGGCCUCGUCCCGACGGCGGCGACAACGCACCGGCCCCGCCUCACGUGACCGGCGACCAGGCCCCGCCUCACGUGACCGGCGACCAGGCCCCGCCUCCCCCACUGACGGACAGCGCCAGCGUCCAACGACGUCACACAGGACCAGGGUUUAGGAGCCGUUGCUGUGGACGGAGAGACGGGGACGUGAGCGGCCAUUGAGGGAGGCCAGGUGAGGUGAGCGCCCCAUCUGCUCGCUAUGCGGGCUGAGCUUCGGUGGAGGACCACAUGACGGGGCACAACAAAGAGAAGCGUUAUGAGUGCGACGUGUGUGGCAAGGCCUGGCAGCACCCAUGCCUGCUGGAGACUCACCGGCGGGUGCACACGGGAGAACGCCCCUUUGACUGUUCCGACUGCGGCAAGAACUUCACGACGGCGCAUGAGGUGAAGAGCCACCAGCGUGUGCACACGGGCGAGAAGCCCUAUGGCUGCUCCACCUGUGGCAAGAACUUUGCCUGGUUGUCUGGGCUACGGCAGCACCGGCGGGUGCACACGGGCGAGAAGCCCUUUGUCUGCUCCACCUGCGGCAAGGGCUUUGCCUGCUUGUCGGGGCUACAGCGGCAUCAGCGGGUGCACAGCAGUGAGCGGCCCUUCGCCUGCUCCGACUGCGGCAAAGGCUUCAAGUCGUCGCUGGACUUGUUGAUGCACAGGCGCCUGCACACCGGGGAGCGGCCCUACACCUGCAGCGACUGCGGCAAGGGCUUCACCCGCGCCAACAACCUGCAGGCGCACCAGCGCACCCACACCGACGAGCGCCCCUACACCUGCGCCCAAUGCGGCAAGGGCUUCACCUGCUCCACCUUUCUGCUGUCCCACCAGCGGGUGCAUACUGGCGACCGUCCUUUCCACAGGCCCUUUGGUUGCUCUGACUGCGGCAAGGACUUCAAGAGGGCAGACCAGCUGAAGACCCACCGGCGGGUGCACAGCAGUGAGCGACCCUUCACCUGCUCCGACUGCGACAAGAGCUUCAAGACGGCGCAUGAGCUGAAGAACCACCGGCGGGUGCACAGCAGUGAGCGGCCCUUCACCUGCUCGGACUGCGGCAAAGGCUUCAAGUCGUUCACGGAACUGAAGGUGCACAGGCGCCUGCACACCGGGGAGCUGCCCUACAUUUGCAGUGACUGCGGCAAGGGCUUCGCCCGCUCCGACAGGCUGGUGGAGCACCAGCACACUCACGCCAGCGAGCGCCCCUUCACCUGUGACCAGUGCGGCAAGGGCUUCACCCGCUCCUCCAGGCUGCUGUCCCACCAGCGGGUGCACGCCGGCGACCGUCCCGUCCCCAGCCCGGUGUGUGGAGAGCAAUUUGCCAUGGCCUCCCACGCCCUGUCUCACCAGCACGUGCACACCAGUGGCCAGCCCUACGACUGCCCGUACUGCGGUGAGGCGUUUGACAGCUCGCGGGGGUUGCGGCAGCACCAGCGGGCCCACGCGGCUGAUCAGCUGCUCCCACUGCGGCAAGCGUUUCAGGAGAGCACGGGGGCUGCUGGAGCACCAGCGGAUACACACCAGAGAGAGACCCUUUGUGUGCGCUGAGAGUGGCAAGGGUUUCACCCGCAGGUCCAGCCUGUGGAGUACCCACAGCGGUGAGCGUCCCUUCCCCUGCCCGUCAUGCGGUAAGGCUGCGACAUGGAAGGAAUGGGUAACGUUUCAGGUCGAGACCCUUCUUCAGUCACGACCCGAAACGUCACCCAUUCCUUCGCUCAUGAGACGCUGCCUGUUCCGCUGAGUUGCUCCAGCACUUUUUGUCCUUUUUUGUAAACAAGUUUGUGCAGUUCAUUGUUUUUAAACCAUUCUAGUUAACCAUCUCUGCACCAUAGUGGGCGGCCUCUGCAGUCCGUCUGUCUCUGUUUGUCCCGUUGAGGGUAUAGUCUGCAGUGGGUUUUUAAUUGUGUAUGCGGGGGGGGGACUUUUAAAUCUCUUCCCUGUACGGGGACCCGACCUUUUCCCUGUCGGGUCUCCGUUGCCGUUGGGGCCUAGCACCGUGGAGCGGCCUCCAACCGGAACGACCUGGGGACUCAAGUCACGGAGCCGGCGGAGCUGCAGACCUACCAUCGUGGAGCUGGCCGGUUUUGGAGCGUGGAGGGCUGUGGUGGCGGGCUGCUGCGACCUGACUCCGGUGGAUGGUGACACCGGGAGCUCGCGGGUCCCUGGUUGGAGAUCGAUUUGCGGGGCACCAAUACUUCUCCCGCCUGAAUUGCGGGGUUGAAAGUGACCUGGAGCGGGGCCUUACAACGCCCGGCGUGGCUUUAAAUGGCUGCGGGACUUGCUAGCGCCCGCCGGGUGCUUUGACUCGGGAGAAGAAUGGAGAGCAGGGGAGAGACAAGACUUUGCCUUCCAUCACAGUGAGGAGGAGAUUCACUGUGAUGGAUGUUUGUGUGAAUUGUGUUGGUGUGUGUCUUGGUUCUUUUCUUGUUGUAUGACUGCAGAAACCAAAUUUCGUUCGAACUUCAUGUGAGGUUCAAAUGACAAAUAAACGGUAUUGUAUGUAUCUUCCCCAAAGCCUCCACAUCAGUCCUGUAAUGGAGUGACCAGAACUGUAUGCAAUACUCCAAAUGCUACCUGACCAAUGUCCCUUAAAGCUGUACAUAUACAUUCCUCUCUCCUUAUCUCACACGUUUUUAUCUCCUUACUAGACUAAGUGGGACCCGUUGGGUCCCAGCAUCACACGGGAGGUCUG